GACAAAAUAACAAAAUAUUAUCAUUUUCGUUUUUCACAAUUUCACAUUGCCCCAUGCUCUAAAACAUAAAACCCUAAAGACCAAAAGAGUACUAAUAUUUUGCCUUUGCCGUUUACGUUUACCUCGUUUACCAUGCAAAAUGCAAAUUGUAUUUUGCUUGGUUAGCUCACUGAAACAAAUAAUUAGCUUUCCGAUUUUGAUCGUCAAAAUUGGCGAAUGUUUCUGAAAACUGAAUUUUUGGAGAUAUUUCCAAUAAAAGCCAACAAACAGUUUAUUUGAAAUGUUAAUAAACUAAAAAGUACUUUUAUAUGUCGAAGGGCAAGGUACAUUAUGAUUUCAAGAGAAGACUACAUUUUUGAACCUUUUAAGGUUACCGAGGUUAGAUUUCAGGGCUUAGAAUGUCCUAGACCUCGCAGUGGUCAUAGAAUAGUCUGUGAUGAUGCAAAUAUUUAUUGUUUCGGUGGUUAUAAUCCCGUUUUACCACUUAAUAGUAUCCAAAGAGUUAAUCCGACGUGGAGUCCACAGCGACCUUUAUUUAAAGAAUUAUGGAGUUUUUGCAUUGCAACACGAAAAUGGAAACAACACACAGUUGUCGAGAAUAUGCCUGAAGAGCUUGCAUCCAAUGCUAUGUGUAUGAAUGGAAGAUUUCUUAUGGUUGCAAUUGAAAUGAAGAAGCUACAAGCUGAGUAGUAUGACCUCUACUGGCUGUCGAUGUACCAAAAAUUUAUUGUAAAACUAGCUGUUCCCCGUGACUUCAUCCGUGUGGAAUUUUUUCGCACCGUAACCCUACAUUAAAAGUGCCCAAGUUGUUCCUUAUAACAUCAGCUAUCUGCCAGUGAAAGUCCAAAGACAAAACGGUUCACAGGUUUUUGCAUGAUGCGUGUUCAGAUAGAUGUCCUGUUAGAGUUUUAUUAUAAUAUGGUGUUUUUUUUGUUUUUUUUUUUACCACUAAACUUAAAUGUUACAUAAUGAAUUACAAUUUUGUUUGGCCUAUUAUUUUGGCCAAUGUCCAUAACAAACUUUUUACAUUCCUAUUUUGUAGCUUGCUAUCUAUUACUUAGGAGGAGAUGGUACUUAAUUCGACUGUAUGUUUUUUUUAAUGUGUGUUACCUCAUAACUUUUUACUGGGUGAACCGAUUUCGAUGAUUCUUUUUUUACUUGAAAGCUGGUCGUUCACAUGUGGUCCCAUAUGAAUUUGAUCAAGGUGUGACCAAUAAUUUUUAUGUUAUUCUUAAUAAUUUAUAUUGAAGUCGGUAGUACAAAAUUUUAAAUUAUAAGUUGUACAUUAUAUACAAAUAAUAAUAUUAAACUUAAACAUAUCGAUUGCUUUUUAAGAUCGCAUUUUAAUUGUUUUUUUUAGAUAUUUGGUGGAACAGGGGCUCCAUUUGGUAAUAAAUGUAGCAAUGAUGUUUUAACAUGGCGUACAUGCCCCGGUGACGCAAAGUUACAAGUAUUGGAAGCGACAGGAACUAGACCGCCUGGGCAAUAUGGGCAAUCAAUUUUGUGUCAUGAUGGCUAUUUCUAUACAAUUGGUGGUACAAAUGGAUUUGCAUACAAUUGUGAUAUAUAUAGGUUAAAUCUACGAACUAUGAUUUGGGAACCAGUAUUUGUAGGAACUGGCCAGGAAGGUGAACCAUUUGGCAGAUAUCGGCAUGAAAUAGCUCGCGUUGGGAAUAAGCUAUAUAUUAUUGGUGGUGGCACUGGAGAGUGGGCAUUUGAACUUAUGGAAAUACCAAUGUAUGACCUUGAAACCAAUACAUGGACAUUUUUAACUCCAAAAGCUGAUGAUACAAUAAAGAAUACAUUAGCUCCGUUACCUAGAAAGUGUCAUAGUGCUGUGCAAAUUGACACACCAAAGGGUGCACAAGUGUUUGUUGUGGGUGGUUCAGAUGGACAGUCAAUGUUUGAAGAUGUGUGGAGGUUGAAUAUUUCUGAUCUUCAAUGGAAUUUAAUGCAAAAGACUGUAUUACCUCAUCCACUUUCCUUUCACUCUUCUACAGUCACUUCAUAUGGCUGCAUGUAUACUUUUGGUGGCAUUGAACCAAAAGAAGAAGCAACCUGUAGAAAUAAUACAAUGUAUAAAGUUUGGAUUUGUAUACCGAAAUUAAGUGAGAUUUGCUGGGAGGCUUUGAUGACUUUUCAUCCUAAUUUAGACCAAGUUAAAAGAAAAACUCUUUUAAAUAUUGGAAUUCCUAUUCACCUUGUUGAUAGAUUACAUCCACAGUGAAACUUGGUUACAUAAUUGCCUUUUGUGUGUGUAUUAUAUAUUCCAUAAAUAAUCUGCUGGUACAUAUAUUUGUAUUUAUAUAGCGCAAUAAAGGUAUUAUCUACCUUAUUAUGUCAAUAAAUGUAUAUAACUUGUCUCGAAAUUAACUAAUGUGCAUUUAACAUGUUUUGAUCGUGAAGUGUUCAUUUUAUUUAGUAAAAGUUGCAUAAUAUUCUGAAAGCUUUAGUUUAUAAUUUUUUUAGGGACAUUUUCAAAAUAUGAUUUUAUUUUCUUUUACACUACAAGUGUACGAAACUACGAUAUUCUCUUUAUGUAUGACAUAUUGAAAAGUACAAUUUUAAAUGUUAUCGUUAACAACCAACCUAUUAAAAUAAAACUCUUAUAUU